AAAACCUAUUCCUUGGUUUUUUUUUCAGAUUUCCUCUCUUUUAAGUUGAAGGAAGAAUCACAAAGAUGGUGCAUAUGAUAAGGUUUACUGCAGGCUUAUUAAUUUUGCUUUUCUUUGUUUUGCAUGCCCUUAACAGCUGCUCAGUGCAUGCUCAACAAGGUAGGGAAACAGCUGGUGAAGGAAGUGUUACUCGAAAGGAAUUUAAUGGAAGGAAAAUUGGAGGACAUGAAGUAAUGGUGGCUUCAAAGAAUUCAGGGGGGAACAAUGGUGCUGAAAGCGUGUCCAUUGGGAAAUCUCAACAUCAACCAAAUAAUCAGGUGAGUGGUGUGAACAAGUUGGAGGCAAAGACAAGUAAUUUUGCCGGAUUGGGAACUCCCAGAAAUGGUGGUAACAAUGUCGAAUCAGAAAAGCUUCUGGAAGCAACUAAAGAGAUUGUAAAGUUGAUGCAAGAGGAUUACAGAGGCAGACCUCGUCGGAAGCCUCCAAUCAACAAUCAUGUACCAAGGCAUUGAUCGACUUUGCCUUGCCCUCAUCACGAAAGAAAGUGAAGUCACUUAGCCUUCAUGUAGCAAACAUCAGUUUGUUGUGUUUUUGUCCUUUUUGGUUAUAGUUGGGUCAUAUAGGCUUGCAUAGGAACAAGAAACAGUGGGGUUUUUUUUUUUUUAAACAAGUAUUUUCAGUUAUAGGAACACAGUUUUUGUACAUUAGGUUUACUUUGUUAUACCAUGUUUUUUUUCUUUUGUUUUGUUUUGCUUGUGAUAUAAAUAUAUAUAGUCAUAUGGCGAAGACUUACAAA